CAAAUCAUUAUUCUGAUUAACUCAAAAGUAUAUUAAAAAAUAGUGAAUCGAACCAAAAAGGAGUGUGAGUUUUAAUCAGAACGCAAUUCAAUAUGUUUAACAAACAACACUCAGUCUAUCGGUGACCUUCAGCAAGCAAUAUGGAGAAACCCAGUUCUGUGAAAUGCGGUCCAGGUUAUGCCAGUCCUUUGGAUGCAAUGAAAUACGGAUCAAAAGAAAAACUUCUGUAUGUAGUUUGUAUUAAUCCUAACGAAGGAGAUGAUAAAACGGACCUCUUAGCCACGGUUGAUGUAGAUCCAGAAUCGUCGACUUAUUGUCAAAUAAUUCACCGUUUAAGGACUGGUAAUAAAGGUGACGAAUUACACCAUUCCGGAUGGAAUAUCUGUUCCAGUUGCCACAACUGCCACGGGCUGGUACGAGAUAAACUGAUCCUACCAGCAAUAGGAUCAGACCGAAUAUAUGUAGUAGAUGUUGGGAAAAAUCCAAGAAAGCCUGAAUUUUACAAGGUCAUCGAAGGAAAAGAAUUACAAAAAUACAAUUGUAGUACUCCCCACACGGCACAUUGUUCACCAAAUGGAGAGAUAAUGAUUUCAGUUCUGGGUGACAAUGUAGGUAACUCCAAAUCAGAUUUCAUCGUUAUAGAUGCAGAGACUUUUAAAGUGAAAGGAACUUGGAUGAAGGGCAAGCAAUCGCCGUAUUUUAAUUACGAUUUUUGGUAUCAACCUUAUUUCGACGUGAUGGUAUCGUCAGAAUGGGGGGCUCCUAAAUUAUUUAAGCGAGGUUUUGAUUUUUCUGAUACCGCACCUGAUCGCUAUGGGCGUAGUAUCAACUUCUUUUCGUGGACAAAGAAGGAACUAAUACAAAGUAUUAAUUUGGGAGAAGAAGGUAUUGCUCCGUUGGAAAUUAGGUUUUUACAUAACCCAAAAGAACCUCAGGGAUAUGUCGGGUGUGCUAUUGACGCUAAUAUUUAUAGAUUUUACCAAAAAGAAGAUGGUACUUGGGCAGCACACAAAGUUGUAGAUGUUCCUGCGAAAAAAGUCACUGGGUGGGUUGCUCCUUAUAUACAAGGUCUGAUUUCUGAUAUUCUAAUAUCAUUGGAUGACAAAUAUUUAUACUUCAAUAACUGGCUACAUGGAGAUGUCAGACAAUACGACAUAACUGAUAGAGCUCAUCCUAAACUCACAGGUCAAUUAUUCUUGGGUGGUAAAAUUCUUUCCGAUUCGACUAUAAAAGUAAUCGAAGAUAAAGAACUUGAAAGACAGCCAGAUCCAGUUUAUGUUAAAGGUAAAAGAUUCGAAGGAGGUCCUCAAAUGAUACAACUUUCUUUAGACGGUAAAAGAUUAUAUGUGACUUCUAGCCUCUUAUCACCUUGGGAUAGACAAUUUUAUCCAGAUUUAGUUAAAAAGGGAACAAUAAUGCUAAAAAUUGAUAUAGACACUGAGAAUGGGGGUAUGAAAUUAGAUGAAAACUUCUUAGUUGAUUUUGGAGAAGGACCUGAUGGACCUUUAUUAGCACAUGAGAUCAGGUUUGUAUCAAAUCUAUGUAUUAGAAUACAAAGCAUAUUGAAUAAAUUCCUUAUUUGAACUUGCAUCAUUUAGGUAACAGAAAAUAUUAAUAGAAAUGAAUUAAGGACAUUAUACUCUAAAAACUUUAGAAGUUAUUGAUAAUGUGCAAGUUUAUUGUGCAAAUUACCAAAUGUAAUAUUCAAAAUGAUCUCGUAGAAACAAACAAAUCAAAAUAAGAAUCACCAAACUUUCCCUUGGGUAAAAUUUGAAUGACAAACAAAACCUUAUUACGUAUGAGAUAAUGAAUCAGUAACUUUCUCACAAAUUAUGGAAGAAAUUAAGAGUUUCAAACCCAAAAAGUGCAGUGCAUUGAAAGUACUUUUUAUCAAAUUCAUUUGGACAUUGGCAAAGACAGCCAGACAAAUUUUUCUCAGAUUUCUUGUGAGUUUUUCUCAAGUAUUUGGUUUUAUAAUAUUUUGUUGUCAGUUCAAUUUCUAACAGAAAUUUUCCCAACUAGUGAAAUAAUACUUGAAAUAUAAUUCUGACUGUACUUCCUACAUCAUUUACAUCACUUGGAUAAUCAAAAAUUUUAGACAAAAUGGUUGUAUACAUUUUAAAAUAACAUAUAAGUACAAUUAUUGAUUUUAGAAAAUAGAAAGUAUCUAAAAAUACCAAAAAUACAAAAUACGAAUUACAUGAUUGUACUAGAUGCGAUUUUAUGUCGAUCUAACUUAAUUUAAAAUCUUCCAAACUUCCUAGCUAGCGUCUUUUAAAGAAGAUGGUGUUAAAUAAGCGUUCUAAACGAAUCCUUGAAAAACUUUUCCUAUAAAGUACAAACUUAUAUCACCAUGUAGUGAUAAACUAUUUACUAUCAGACCGAUCGUUCACGCGAUUGGUUGGCUUCGAGCUAAGCGAUUAAUGGCGGCUCCAAUAAGAGAAGGGCGCGAAACAGUGGUGUGUUCAAAUUUUUAUAUAUUAUUAUUGUAGUUAUAUUACGAAUUCAUGUGUGAAGUUGUUUACAUUCGAGAGACCACAUAACAGGAAAGACCAAUGACGCGCGCAAACGCACUUGAAAA